AUGCAAACAGCUGCAGUUCCGAUUGUCGUGCCGAAGUCUACUCACACGGAGGGCGAAGAUGACACAGCACACUUCCUGGAAGAGCCCAUAGAAGUGGUGAAUGCACAGGAAAGUGAAAGGGAAGGCGGACUCCGCACCCAAGAUCACCAACCAGUGGAACAUGAUGCUUCUACCAAAAAGGUAAACACUACGUGGCUUCGCUUCCUUGACGUUGCGCAGAAUGAUCAAGAAGCAUCUCUCCUACGGGCCCUUCCUGAACCAUCACUGGAAGUAAGUGACCUUGCGCGAGCGAGCUUCUUCCUUGAACAAAUACCCCAGCUCCCGGACCCCUUGAAAUCAAGGCUUGUGAACAAGAUAGAGGAGCAGCAUUCGGAUCUCCUACGAGAACCUCGGGGUGUAGAUCUGGUCGCACGCUUUGAGGCGCAGCGAUUGGAGACGGCGACUAUCGGGACAACGGCAGGACACGAGAUGCCGAUACCGACAACACCAGUGACAGGACCGGAGGGGAAUGCGGCCUCCGCCCCUUUCACCACGGAAACAACAGACCUCGACGAGUUCUUAGCAGGUUUUGCUGGCGCUUCUGAGACUGAAGACAAUAGUGCAAAUCUGCAAGACAUAGGCGGGCCAUUGGCAGACAGUGGAGAGGCCUCUGGACAAAUUGCGUCCACGCCGGAUGUACAAAGUGAGGAAUCUGAUGGAGAUGGGCCAAGGUGCUCCAACCGGCCGCCCACUCGAGCAUAUGAGAGUGCAUGCGAGCGUACAGUCCUGAUGUGCACGGCAGAUAAGAGUGCUAGGGCAUGCAACACGGGUGCUUAUCGGGCUGCACGAUAUUCUGCGCAGGACACCCACUCGCAACACGAGAAGCGUGUUGCAACUGGGAAGGUGGACUCCACACCCAGCCGGACACUCAAACGCGAAGAGAGUUACCCAGUUUAUGCGAUUCAUAGCAAACCCAAUGCAUGCGCCGACCGCCAACAGAUCGAUGCUGUGAAUAAACAAGAACUAAUAUCUGAUUGCAAUAGAGCAUGCGUGAGUGCCUCUACGAUCGGAUUGUUCACAAAAAAUCACAGCUGUGCAUGUGAUUGUGCUGCAACGAUAUGGUAUGCCAUUAAAACAUACACAACCCCACAGCCCAUCAGAAUGCACGCACGACCUCCACCUGCCCAGGCUGACACAUCCACGAGACGGCGCAACGAUCCCAUCGACACUGGGAACGUGGUCUCCACACCCAGCAGGGCACUCAAUUGCCUUGCGAAGCUGCUGGUUUGCAUCCUUACGUACACACAUGCAGAACAAGAGUUCAGCCAUCUAAUCGGAGCACACUUUGGCUCAUGCCCAUUCCUCCCCCCCACCAUAAGACCAGCCCUGACGGAAGCACAAGCUCCUCGCCUUCCACUUCUUACACCUGACCUCGGCCUCCGUAAUUACACUGAAGAUUAUGUGCAAGAGACUGAACUUGAGAUAGGUCAGGACACCCACAGCGUCACCUUGAACUCUAAUCACAUAACUACACGGUUCCAGGGACCAGCACCGGGGAUACUGGUUUUAACUCCUGCCAAUGCGCCUGCCUGCAACAUGGGACCCAGUCCGAGCUCAAAGAAGAAGUCAUCUCGGCGUUUACCCACAAGACUACGCCAGUCGGGCGCUGCGCCCACAGGCAAACUACUUGCCCUCAGACAGGCCGCUGUGGCAAAGGCGCAGAAGAGGCAAAGGAGUACAGCGGACUCCGCACUCCACGAAGCUACGCGUCAAGACGAACCUGGAGAAGAGCCAUCAAGUAGUAGCCGAGUGCGCUUCCACCCGAAGAGACGUAAGCAGGCCAGCUCGGAAGACAUGGUGGAGAUGGACUACAUCAUAGAACUCUCUGAACCAGAAGAGGACACGGAGCAGGACACGGUGCCCACACCAGCGCACAAUCGAAACCUGACAGCGGUCUCCGCUCAGGCAGCAAGCAGCCGUCGACACCGAGAAGAUCCGCCACAGCCCGCCUCGGGCGAACGCCCAACCGCGAGCAAGCGGGGGGAACCGCCUAGACCACCGCUGGCGCGACGAAGAAAGACGGCCAUAUCGAAAGCACUCACGGACGUCCUGAGACACUCUGGAGCAAGGCAUGGAUUGGAGGUGAGAGCAGAUGCACUCUUUGACCUCCGUGCCGUUCUGGACACGCACAAGCUUAAGGCGCUACAUGCACAGGAACACGAAAUCCUGCAAGUGGUCGAGGAGAGCGACAAGAAGAGAUUUGAAGUGGUCCAGCGGGAAGGGGCAAAGUGGAUCAGAGCGGCACAGGGCCACUCCAUGGAAGGCAUAGACAACUCCACCUUCCAAGUGCGAGUGCCCAGACGCCUGCUGCCACAGGAGCUGUAUCACGGCACAUACGAUGAUGCCUACAGCCAGAUAGUCCAAAGUGGACUGUUGGCGGGUGGUCCGAGCCGCAAGCGAAAUGACAUACACCUCACGGAGGGGCUGCCGACUGAUCGUCCUAUCUCAGGAAUGAGAAAUACAUGCAACAUUGCACUCGCGAUCCUACCGAAGGAGGCUGCGGCGGAGGGGUGCACGUUCUACAAGAGCGGCAACCAGGUCUAUCUCACAAAGGGUAUCGGCACACAAAAGGUCCUCCCAGCUCGUUUCAUCCACGCCGUGAUUAUCCUGAAGAGCGGAGAGAGAAUCUUGUCAAGAACCGCAGAUGGGCCACCGAGCCUCAGGGAUGUGCACGCGGGCCUAUUGAGGGCCAACGAAGGCAUGCGGGCCAACCGAGCAAAGAUCAAUGCCGGGAGCCUGAUUCCACGGCACACUGCAACUGAGCCACGCUGCAUCCCAGUGCACGGCGUUCAUCUAAGCAAGUGGAUGAGCCCGGCUAAGCUCUUAUGCAAGGCCGCAAUGCCUGAGACCACGACCAGUCUCCUCCUCUCGAUGGACGGAGGAGACGAACGUGACUGGUGGCAUACCUGGAGUUGGUGGUCUCCACACUCUCAGGAAUGGCAAUGGCAGACCUCGGACGGUACCAGGGCAACAGAUGGAGACGCACAGGGAUGGGGGGUGAACGUCAUGAAUACGCAGGCCGCAACAAGACGAACACAGUCCAUGGAGGGACUCCUCAACGAGCUGGCUACCGGCGUUGCGGCAAGUUCGAGAAGGAAAGAGGCCAAGCGGUCCACACCCACGCCAACGACGAGUGAGACCUCCAGGCUGGAUCUACGGGAGACGACGCACCAGGAGGCUGAGCACCCAAGCUCUUCUUUCCAGACUGGAAGUGACAGUGCCUCCUCCAAUGCUCCUGUUGGGGGGGUGCGCUACCCUGCCUCCGGUAAGGUUAGUGGUCUCCACACCUCACCUGCGAGCACUUCAACAUGCGGGUUGACACUCACUACCAUCCAGAAGAUUGAAGAACCUCCACUUGAUCAUGAUUCUCCCGAUACAGGGCCGAUGAAGGCUCCAGCUGCCUCGAGCCGAUGUUCCGAUGAGCAGGAGACCAGACAACGGUCAUCUGCUGCUAGGAGAUCCAGCACCAUAGAGCCACGGCCCGAGGAAAGAACACGAUCGUCUGCAGCUCGGAGGGCCAGUACAAUUGAGCCACGGCCCCAUCUACUCCUGGUACAAGCGCCACUAGAGGUGAGAGAAGUCAAGCACCGUCUACUUAGGGACGCGAAAUCGGCAGUGCUCAGGCUGAUUCCGCAUGGAGACGACCUCCAUACUUUCCUCAACGGCUACUUCAGGCGGCACCAUGCAACGUACCACGCCAACCCGGUGAACAUGCCCUCGUGUGGGAACUGGAUAUGGUCGCUUACUGCAGCAUUGAUGACAAGGCCGGAAAACCACCCCAACGUCUGGAGGCGUAGCCACGCGGGAAAGCUGGGCGACGCGGUAGAGGGAUAUCUGUACACGUUAUACCAGAGCCAGACGGCGGGGAAUCUUGCCCUGCUGGCCACCUAUGGGGAGGCUGCAAAGUACCUCCACGACCUGAUGCAAGGAAUCUCGCACGCCAUCUACUACCGCCUGAGCUGGAGGCAGUCACUUGACUCGCUCGCGGAGCUUCUCGAACCAUGGAUAGGAGCAGCGUCUACACAGGACAUGCGGUCCUCGCACCCCGUCGUGACACUGGCGAUACUCGACCGCAACGAAUCCACAGCCGUGACAGUUGAGGCGGAAAACACAGGGCUGGACAAGCAGCAGACAAUGAACAGGAGGGAGGCGGAGCCUCCACUUACUCUUGAUCUCCUCGUUGCACCGCAGACACAGAUGCCAGCUGCUUCGAGCCAGGGCCUUGGCGAGCAAGAGGCCAAUCCGCGAUCGACUGCAGCCAGGAGGUCCAAUACCAAUGAACCACGACCAGAGGCAAGACAACGAUCGUCUGCUGCACGGAGGGCUAGUACAGUGGAACCACGGCCCCAUCUACUCCUAGCACAAGCACCAGAGGAGGUACGACACGCUAAGCAGCGCCUGCUUCAGGAAGCGAAAUCUGCAGUGGUCAAGCUCAUUCCGCAUGGAGACGAUCUCCACAACUUCCUCCACGGCUACUUCAGGCAGCAUCAUGCGACGUAUCACACCAGCCCGAUGAACAUGCCCGCCUGCGGAAACUGGAUUUGGUCGCUCACAGCGGCUUUGAUGACAAGGCCGGAGAGCCACCCCAACGUCUGGACACGCAGGCAGGCGGGCAAGCUGGGUGACGCGGUUGAGGGCUAUCUCUACACGUUGUACCAGAAACAGACGGUGGAGAGUCUUGCCCUGCUGGCCAUCUACGGGGAGGCAGCGAGGCACCUCCAUGACCUAAUGCAAGGAAUCCCACAUGCUAUUUACUACCGCCUAAGCUGGCGGCAGUCGCUCGACACGCUCGAAGAGCUCCUCGAGCCGUGGAUAGGAGUGUCAGAUGCACAGGACAAGCGGUCUCCGCGUCCUGCAGUCGCAAAUGGCGACUACGACCGACCGUCAGACGCAGACACCUACGAGGCAGGAGGUGGGGCACAGCAACGUCUCAAGGUCCUGUCCAUCAAUGUUAACAGCCUAAGCGGGUUCCUCUGGGGUGAAGUCAAGGCGUUUCUUGGUGGAGAGGGCCUGCAGUAUGACUUCAUAUUCCUACAGGAAACGCAUCGCACUGCCUUUUGCGCAUUCAAGGUUGAUAACUGGAUGGCAGUUGGCUCCUCAACAAAACGGGGAGAGGGUGUGCUCACACUGGUUCAUCCUCGUUACGAUGCCUCCAUGGUUCGUUACCAGGAGAUAAUCCCAGGCAGAGUUCUAAGAGUGAAGGUAUGCCACAAAGAGGCAGCCAUCGAAACACUUAACAUAUACCAACAUGUUUGGAUACACACGGAUGAUCCGGAACAAAACAAACAGAGGCGGCAAACCCUGCUCGAUAAGUGCACUGCCACCAUACAGGGCAUGGCUAGAAGAGACACCCUGAUUCUAGCGGGAGAUUUUAACUCAGAGGUACACGCAGUAAACGGAUUGAUCGGGACACGCGUGAACCGCUCGGCCUAUCACCAAGCCCUUGACCCACUCACACUUCCAAGAUUCAUACAAGACAACGCCCUGGUUGCUCUAAACACUUGGCAUAUGAAGGACCCAUGCACCAACCACACCCGUACGGGCAACUCUCAGAUUGACUAUAUCCUUGUGCGCGCACCAAGUGCUGACACCAGAGCGAAGCAAGUAGUCAAACAAGAGGCACCCUUUGGGGCGUGGAAAGAGCUCACACACUCGGCCCUCAUUGCUGAUGUCCGAAUCAUCAAGCACUUCCACUUGCCCAAGGCCAAAAUGCAACAGGAACUACAAUACUCGAGACAUGACCUUGACUACGCGUAUCGCCAGAAGGAUCACCGAAUCACACAAUUAAAGAGUAAAGUGGAGUUGGAGAUAAAUCACAGCUUGAAUCACGGCCUCCCACUGACUGCAGAUCACAUCAAUCACACAUUACUGCGUGAGGUCUCUGACCUCUUCCCAACAGCUACAUCAGCACACACCAAUCGAGGCCAAACCAAAGCACAGUGCAAGGCCAUCUUUGCUGCGUGGAAAGAGCUGUUGACCCACCCUGACGAAGUAGGUGGCUCGACCAUCACACUGCCUGCCCGCGUCUACCACAUGUGGCAGAGACGUAGGGAUCUUCAGCGAUGCAAGCCAUUCACCCUGUCAGGAGUGCUUCGCACAUGGCAAUGGGUGCUCCUCUUCAACAAGGCAGGACGGCAGAGCAAGCAAUAUCAUCUCCAGCAUCAACGGGCCAUAGCACUGGGGCACUUACAGCAAGCUGAAAGGGCCGCUCAGACGCAUAACACGAAGCGUCUCUAUGGUGCAGUCAAGCGACUCCUGCCCUGGAAGCCCAAGCCCAGGAUCAUGCUUAAGCACCCGGAUGGAUCGCCCAUGUCUCUGCACCAGGAACACCAAGCACUUGUCCAACACUGCAAACAACUCUUCGCACCCCCGGCGGCAUCUCCCACUCGACCAGGCCAGAUGCUUAGCAUGCCUUUGACUGCCUGUGAAUGGACGACACAGCUCAAAUGUACUCCUAUAGGCAAGGCCGUGCCUGCGGACUCCGCUCCGGCCACAGCGUGGAAGGCCUGCGCGACAAUUGUGGCGCCAGCCAUGGCCUGCAUAGCCAAAGGCCUACUCAGACCGGAUGGCAAGGCGUUUGCAGGCCACAUCAAAAAUCAGCUACUGAUGCAGGCCUGCGCCAGCCUUACUCACACUCCACAGUAUGCAUACCUUCCGGCACGGGACACGUCGGAUGCGCUGGCAAGGGUCAACGCAUGCAUACAUGACAUCAAGGACGGUCUUAAGGCCUUGGGUGGGAAUAGGUUCCUGACGAGACAGCGCAAAGAAACUGGACAGGUCAAAGGCGAAUCAGGAGGGUGCCUCCUGUCAGUCGACCUCAGCCAAGCUUUUGAUCGUGUCAACCGUGCAAAACUAGAUAGAGCGUUGGCACUCCACCAGGUUGAUGCUGACCUUAGAUCUACCGUCACCGCCAUCCACGAGCAGGCUGCUUACCAGGUCAGGGAUAAAUUUCACCGGACAGACAUCUGCACGACGCAAGGAAUUCGCCAGGGAUGUCGACUAGCACCAGCCCUAUGGGCCGUGCUGUCGUCUCAGUUACUCUGGGAUCUUACUCCCGCUGGUCAAACGCCGCUGCAGCUUCCAUUCACGUUGUUCGCCGAUGACCAUUUAGGCCAUUGGCUUCUCAAAACGGUGGAUGAUGCCAAGCAAAUGGAGGAGACGAUAGUGGCACUUUUUCACAUGUUGGAAACAUACGGGCUCAAGGUUAAUCCGGAUAAAUCCAGUUUGGUCAUUCGGGUCCAGGGAGCGCAACUUGAAAAAUUUGUCAAAAGCCGCACGGUUAUAGUUCGCAACCAGGUGAGUAAUCAGACGCUGAGAGAAACCUACAACCUGAAGGAUCCUGUACACAUGCUGACGGAACGCAUUGCGCGCAAACUUGAUGCUAUGCAACAAGGACCAGCAGACAGGCGGCCUCCGCUUCACCUGAGACCCAGCUCCCUGCAGUAUGGCCUCUCUGCCUGUACCAUGACCUCCACGUCAGUGGAGACCACGCCGGAGCAACAGAUGGCGGCAGUGUGGGGCCUCAGCUCACCACUGGCGACGACGCCUACACCACAGAGACAAGCGUCCGUCAGACACAGACUGCCGCAAGGGACGCCGCAAAAGUACCGAAAGGGCAUGGGCAAGGGCGCAGGCAAGGCAGCUCCCAAGGCAAAACGGGAUCGGGACCAGGAAGCAGAAGACGAGUUGAUGAUGGACCUGGAGUCGCUGGACGAGGAGACGGUAAGAACGGCCUUGAAAACCUUGGUCAAAACAGCACUCAGACACGAACACCAACUGACGAUCUUGGAGGCAGACCGGAGCUACGUGUUCUUCCUGGACACGACGAACCACGGCAUUGUCUCCAUGUUGAUCCAGGCCAGCGCAACAUGGAACACAAAGUUCGAGGAAGGCACGGUCAACACCUCGCUGAGGGCCACGCUAUGGGGAGUACUACUCAUGGAAUGGAAAGCACGCCUCGAGAAAAUCGAGUCCGACGCCAAGGUACUACAGGUAGCAGAAACAGCAGGAUGGGCAACGCGGUCUCCGCUCCAGUGGAUCUACAACGAGUGGAAUCCGGUACAGAAAAAGGCGCUACCAUCAAGUCGGGACAACCUCACUCACGAGGACGCAAAAAAGGCAGUCAACCAGCUCAUCACAAACACCGCCAAGGACAACACAGUGCACCGGUUCCAAAGCCUACGACCACUGAAGCCGGACCUGCAGGCGGAAAUGAUCACCAUGGUCCUGACACUCACCGUCCAUCAACAGGCGGCAGCCGUUUACCACGACCUGGACCUCUUGGCAAACAACUGCGCGGGCAAGCUGAUCGGUCUACGCUUGAGACGGGAGCGAGUGGGCAAGACGACGCUCACCAAGGAGCUCGAGAGACUGCAGAUCUAA